UACUAAUAUUUGUAUACAGUGUUAAGUAACCUGUCUUUAAAUCAUAAUUGUAGGAUAUUAUAAUUUAUAAAUACUUGUUCUACAAUAGGUAACCAAUGGCCAAUAAAAUAUCUUAAAUCGUGUAACUAUAGUCAUUAGUUAGGUACCUAUUAAAUAAGUAGAAUACGAGUACAAAGUAACACCGUAGAAUAUAAAUGUAACAUUACAAUAGUACAAUACAUAAACACGUUUAGUACACGUCUAUUAAGUAUUAUUGGUUGUUACCUAUGGCUUAUGACACGGUACGGUAUAAGCCGAUAAGCGACUGCCGAGUAGAAAGCAUGACAAAACAACAAGAUAUCUUUACUAUAUAUUAGCCGUGGAAGUCGCAGCGAGUAGUAAACAGGUUUGUAGUACCAGUAAGGUACAAACUACGGUAGGUGGCAGAUGGCUGUCCGGUGCUACUUAUACACCGCCAGACAAAAUGUAUUUUGUUUCUAAAGAGACGCGAUUUGUAUGUAUCCGUAACUGCGCAGUAGUUAUGUGAAUUAACUUUUGUGUUACCAAAUCGUUUUUUUUUAUCGAAUUAAUUAAAUUUUUAAAUGGUCGUCAAGUGUUUGAUGUACAUUUGUUUUUCUAAUGAAUUCGACGAUUUUUUGUGUUUGCGAUAUAAUAUUAAGUCGUCCGCCAUAAAUCCAUUUCAAUGUUCAUUAGCAGAAGCCAGAAGGUCUGUUAAUUACUGGUAGGCAGAGGAAAGUACAAAAACUAGGCGCAUUCAUAUUUUAUCUUAUACCGUGUGAAUUAUUUGGUUUAGCAGAUUUUCACAAUAUUUUUAUUCAGUCUUGUAAAUUUUAAUCUAUUUUUACUAUUAAUUUUUUGAUUUAUUAAAAGAAAAAAAAAUGUUUUCUUCAAUGUUCAAAUCACUUGUAAACGUAUCUAACAAACAAAAUAAAAAUAACAAUGAAUCAAAACAAAAUUCAAUUGAACAUAAAAGGCAAAAUAUUGAUGUUCUCAAGUUAUUGAAUGAAAUUGAAGAUGAUAAUUCUACUGAAAAUAUAGUUGUUUCUAAAAUUCUACCUUUGGAAAUCAGUAUUAAAGAUUUAUCUAUUAGUUCUGAUUUGGUCAAUAGUAAAAACAACUCCAAAAGUAUUGAACAAAAAAAACAAGUACCUGAUGAACAAAUCAAGGAAACACAAUUAUUAAGUCAAAUCAAAUCUUUGCAUUGCUUAUUUACAUGGAAUUUAAAAUCACAAAAGAAGCAAGAUAUUAUUACACAUAUUAAAAACAAAUAUGGUAAUUACAAUUUAGACAUUUCUGUAACAGAAUUUACAUUUGUAAGAUUCAUUGGUAAUUUAAUCAUUAGCUAUGAAUUAUAUCAAAAUGGUAAACCAAGUGAAAGUGAUACAAAGAUUUUGGAAAUUGGUAAUUGGCUUGAAAAGUUGGAUAAAGGUACCGAUGAAUUUUACUUGUCUAUUAAUGUUGCUUUGAAACACAUUCAAAUGGCAAAUUUUGUUCAUAUAUUAUUCGCUACAAAUGGAAGUGGAGGAUUUAAAUGGUUAUUUAAAGAAAUUGUUUCAUUUGAUAAUAUGAAUAAUAAAUCCAAAGCUGCUUUGUAUGCUAUAAGAGCAGCUAUAUUAAUUGAAUAUGGUAAAAGUCUAGAAUGUUUUAAAAACGCAUCUAAGUAUGCUAAAGAAGCAUGUGAAUUGGAUCCUAAAACUUCUCACUGGUUCCAUAUUUAUUCAUUGGUGUUAACUGCUCAAAGACAGUUUGUGUACACACGUGAUUUAUAUUCAACUGAGAGACUGUUAUUACAGAAAAAUGCAUUGUGUCCUACAGAAAAUGAAAUUAACUUAGCAAUUCAGCAAGCUAUUUGUUCUUGUGAUGGAAAAAAUACGUAUUCUGUUAAUUUACUAGUAUUAAUUUCUUUAAAUGAAUUGUUGGCAAAUGAAUUUCAAGUGGCACAAAAAGGAUUACCUAUUUAUCAAGCAGAUGAUUCAGAAUAUAUUAAUGAAAUAAAUACAGAAUCAAGUUUAAAAAAAGAUAUGAAGAUCAUAGUAAAAAGGCAUAAAAAUGGUGAAGAUGCAAUUCCUUUUCUUAUUGGUUUACUUCCAAAAUAUAAUAAAAAUGGCAAAUGGAAAAUUAUGGCUCAAAUUUGUUCAUAUACAAUAUUAUUCACAAAUAAAUUCAGAGCUGGUGUCGAACAUUUUUUAUUAUUAAUUGGAGAGCCAACUGUUUCCACUAGUGAUCUUGUUAUAAACCAUAACUCAUCAUUUAUUGGUUCAAAAAUAUUUAAUUUAGCAGAAUUAAUUUGGAAUGAAAUCAAAUUGGCUUCAAAAAAUACAAAUAUCACUUUUCUCAUGGAUAAUUUAUAUUACUAUACAAUAUUCUUAAAGAUAAACGAAACAUGUAAUCUAAAAAUGGGAACUGUAGACCCAUUUAUGAGGUUUAAGAUUAUUAGUGAUUCAUCUGCCAUACCUAAUUGUGCAAAAACAAUGUACAACAAUUUUGAAAUGGAGCAAUAUUCCAACUCCAGAAAUACAUUUACUAACUUUCCGCAAACAAUUAAUUCAACCCAGGAUAUUAACAUAUAUUUCAAUCAACAUUUUAACUCUUUUCAACAAUAUCAAUGUACAAAAUCAAUACCGUCACUAACAGAUUUUAAAUUUAACUUAAUAUUUCAAUCAACAUUUUAUACAAAUAAUACAAAAACUAAUAUUGCUUCAAAUUUAACAAACAUAGAUACCAGUUUAACUAAACUGCCAAGAGGAAAAACUUCUCAAGCAACUUAUAAGGCUUGUCUUAAUAAUUUAUUACAAAAUUAUCCAAAUAGUUUUAGAAUAUAUACUGAUGCAUCAAAAAUUCAUAAUAAUGUCGGCAUUGCCAUUGUAUCUAAUAAGGAUACAUAUACCUAUAAACUAUCUUCAGAUUAUACAUCAUGUGAAGCUGAAGCAGUAGCUAUAUUGAGGGCACUUGAUUAUGCUUUAACAGAAAAUUUUAAUAAUUAUAUAAUUCUGAGUGAUUCAUUAAGUACUAUAUCGUGUAUUCAAAACAUAAAUACAGCAUCUGAUGUAGUAAAUAGUAUACUAUGCUUAAUACAUGCACAUCAAUUAAAAGGAAAUUUAAUGCAUUUAAUUUGGAUUCCAAGUCAUAAUGCAAUUGAAGGUAAUGAUAUAGCUGAUAGACUUGCAAGACAAAUUGCCACAUCAUCUACUGCAAUUACUUAUUCUCAUAACUCUUUUAUGGCAACAAAUAUAAAAUCAAAAUUCUUAAAAUCAUGAAAAAUAUAUCAAUCAAACAUUAUAUUAGAGCAAUAAAAAUUUAAAGUUAAUUAUAAUUUGGAUAAUUUGGUUAUUAAUACCUGAAAAGUAUCUAGUAAAAUACUUAUUCAUAUAUAUACGUCAUGUAUUUAUGACCAUAAACUAAAAAAUUACAAAAGGCUAAUAAAAAACAAUUAUUAAAAUUAUAUAGUUUUAAUAUAUUGGUAUAUUAAUAAUGAAAGAAAAAAAAUGGUUAUAAAUUAUGUAUUUCUUGACAAUUUUCUAAAGAAUGAUGACUGUUUAUUUUUUACCAGUGUUAAGUAAAACCAUUGUGUUGACUAUAGAGAUAUCCAGCUAUGAACUACAUCACUGCACCCUUAAUAUUCUCUAUGGCAAAUGAAGACAUAAACAAUGAAAUAUGUUUAAAUUUGUAUUUUUUAUUUACAUAAAACGGUAUGUUCUGAACGUAUUAUUCAAAACCAAAAGUACAGUAUUUCGUAUUUAUUUUUAGUUAUGACAUGUUACUUAUUGAUGUUAUUUGAUGUUUGAAAAGUUAAGUAUUAAUUUAUUAUUACCAUAGUAAAUUGUAUACAUAUAAAGAAAACAUAUUUAAUUGUACCUAUUAUACAAAAGUUUUGAAUACCAUUAAA